AUGGUCCUGGGUGACCAGGAUCUGGAGCUGGCGGUGCUCCCCAUCGAGGAAUCCAACCAUAAGGGCUACUACCAGCUGUUUGCUGCGGCAGUGGGCGACGUGGAAUGGCUGCGGUUCUGCUUGGAUCAACACUGCGGAGAUAUCCAGGCCAAUGACAAGGGCUUUGCUGCUAUCCACAUGGCAGCCCAGAAGGGCCAGCUUACCUGCCUGCAGGUCUUGGUGGAGGAGUACAAGUUUCCCGUGGACCUGCCCACCCUUGAUGGAGAGACAGCCCUGCACCUGGUCAUCCACAAGGACAACAAGGCCGUGGCCCUCCAAUGCAUUCACUACUUGCUCGAUAAAGGCGCAAGCCUCCACGCUCGGACAUGCAGUGGCUCCACGCCCCUGCACCUGGCAGCUUCUGAGGGCCUGCUGAGCUGUGUACAGACCCUGGUUCAGAGAGGUGCCAAUGUCCACGCCCAGGACUCCAUUGGAUGCAAACCCAUUGACUACUGCAAAAUGUGGAAUCACCGCCCCUGUGCCCGGUUCUUGAAGGAUGCCAUGUGGAAACAAGACAAAGAUGACUUUGCCCAUGAGAUGGGGAAGCUGAAGAGGCUCAAGAACCAGUUGGGCCUCAUGAAGCUGGACUACCUGGCCGAGUACCAAAAGGAACACAAGUUUCUGAAAGAGAUGGACUUCCGGAAGUGGCUCCGCUGCAGGCUGUUCAACCAGCGCCACUCUCUGCUCUCCAAAACCAAACAAGUGACUGGUACCCCAACCCGCACCAUUGUACUCCCCAAGACCUCGAAAUGGCAAGGCCCACAGACUCCCCAGGGCACCCAACCCAGGGUGAAGUUACAGCUUAGAAGUAUACAGCCACGCACUGGGCAGGUGCCAUCCAAGCCAAUCUACCAGCGGCCUUUGUUCAAGCGACCCAAGCUUUGGAAUCCUAGCAACAAUCCUGCCAGGUCCCCUUCAGCCCAGUUCAGCUACCCCCAGGGCGUGCGCCUGGGCAUACAGCCAGACUCCUGCCAAAAGCAGGACUUUAGCAGCUUCCUGGACGUGAUCCCUGGCCCCAGCGGCUGCACAUGGCUGCACAGAGCCGAUGGCCACUGGGUGGCGCCUGUGCCCCAGCUGCCUUUGGAGGUGAUAAUCCGGGAGCUGUACCCACAGAGCCAGCCGUGCAGGAUGCAGGUGCCCCAGGGUUUUCAUGCUGUCAACAUUAAGGAUGUGCCCCACAAGCGGCACUCAGACAGUCGUGCCUUCUACAAUGACACACUAGCUAUGAGCUUGCGCCAGACAUUUGAUGAAGCCUUCCUGGCUAAUGUGCGAGCCCAUCAAGGGCUCCCUGCCCUGCCAGCCCCUACAACCCCUCCAUAA